AUGCAAAAUUUCUUCGCGGGGCUCUGCCCCGCACCCCGCUGGGGCUGCCAGCCCCAGACCCCAGGCUGGGGCUCCGCCCCAGACCCCGAGUUAGGCGCUGUCGGCGGCCAGAGGCCGAGCUGGGGCUCCGCCCCAGACCCCGAGUUAGGCGCUGUCGGCGGCCAGAGGCCGAGUUACGUCUGCAGGCAAAAGUCGCUCGCUGCCGUCUGA